CUGCCGCCCUCCCCGCCUCUCUCCUCCUCCUCCACCACCACCUCUACCGCCCCAUGUGCUUCCUGCCUGGCCAAGUUUGCGGAGCGCGGCCGCACGCCGGGCCAGGGGAGCGCAGCGGCAGCCGAGCGAGGAGCGCGGCAGCGGGCGCGGCUGCUGCGCGGCGCGGCGGGGCAGGCUCGGCGGAGGGCCGGCUCCGGCCUCGGGCCGCUCUCGCCCGGCCCCGGCGGCCCCUGCCGUCCCGCACCAUGCCGCGGCGGCGCGGCUGCCUGCCGCCCCUCCUCUGCACUUUAGCCGCCCUCAGCCUGCCGCUGCUCCUGGCCGCCGAGCCCCGCGCCAAAAGUUGCUCCGAAGUGCGGAGGCUCUACGCCGCCAAGGGCUUCAGCCAGAGCGAAGCGCCGAGCCACGAGAUCAGCGGGGAUCACUUGAAAGUCUGCUCACAAGGCUACACAUGCUGCUCUCAAGAAAUGGAGGAGAAGUACAGUCAGCAAAGUAAACAUGACUUCAGAAAUGCUGUUGUAGAGCUUAGCAAUCACCUACAAACCAUGUUUAGUUCCCGAUACAAGAAGUUUGAUGAGUUCUUCAAGGAGCUUCUGGAGAACGCGGAGAAGUCUCUGAACGACAUGUUCGUGCGGACGUACGGGCGUUUGUACAUGCAGAACUCGGAGCUGUUCAAGGACCUCUUUGUGGAGCUGAAGCGAUACUAUGUGGGUGGCAAUGUCAACCUGGAGGAGAUGCUCAACGAGUUCUGGGCGCGCUUGCUGGAGCGCAUGUUCCGGCUGGUCAACCCCCAGUACCACUUCACGGACGAAUACCUCGAGUGUGUCAGCAAGUACACGGAGCAGCUGAAGCCCUUUGGGGACGUGCCACGGAAGCUCAAGCUGCAAGUGACACGAGCGUUCGUGGCCGCCCGCACCUUCGCGCAGGGCCUCGCGGUCGCGAGGGACGUCGUGAGCAAAGUGUCUGCGGUGAACCCCACGCCGCAGGGUACACGGGCGCUGCUGAAGAUGAUGUACUGCCCAUACUGCCGAGGUCUGGUAUCGGUGAAGCCCUGUUACAACUACUGCUUUAAUGUCAUGAGAGGCUGCUUGGCCAACCAAGGGGACUUGGAUGCCGAGUGGAAUAUCUUUAUGGAUUCGAUGCUGCUGGUAGCAGAGAGGCUGGAGGGUCCCUUCAACAUUGAGUCAGUCAUGGACCCCAUUGAUGUGAAAAUCUCCGAUGCCAUCAUGAACAUGCAGGAGAACAGCAUGCAGGUGUCUCAGAAGGUUUUCCAGGGAUGUGGCCAGCCAAAAACACUUGCCCAGGGCCGGACCGCCCGCUCCGUCUCCGAAAGCGGCUUCAGCGCCCGAUUCCGACCCUACAACCCGGAGGAGCGGCCGACCACAGCCGCUGGCACCAGCUUGGACCGACUGGUUACUGAUGUGAAAGAGAAGUUGAAGCAAGCCAAAAAAUUUUGGUCAUCUCUCCCUGGCAACAUUUGCAAUGAUGAAAAGAUGUCUGUAGGCACUGUCAACGAGAAUGAGUGCUGGAAUGGGAGCGCCAAGAGCAGGUACGAUUUUGCAGUGACUGGGAAUGGCUUAGCAAAUCAAGUGAAUAACCCAGAGGUGGAAGUUGAUAUUACCAAGCCAGAUAUGGUGAUUCGCCGGCAAAUCAUGGCUCUGCGGGUGAUGACCAACAAGCUGAAGAAUGCGUACAGUGGGAACGACGUCGACUUCAUUGACAUAAGUGAGGAGAGCAGCGGGGAGGAGAGCGGCAGCGGUUGUGAGCUCCAGCAGUGCUCACCGGAGUUCGAGUUCAAUGCCACUGAAGUCACCGGGAACUCCAAGAAGAGUGAUAAGAACGUGAACACUUCAGCUGCCACCCGGAGUGGUCUCUCACAAGCAGCCUUGCUCCUUAGCGUUUUCUUCUUGGCCAUGCAAAGACAAUGGAGAUAAUUGUGCAGCAUAGAGUGGGGGGGAAAAAGACUUUUAUUAUCAAAGUUAGAAGGCACCUGCUUUCACUUUUAUACCAUCUAGGGACUUUGCUUUUUAAGUUAAUGGACAACAGUGUACAGUUUUUACUAUGUUGCCACUGGUUUUAAGAUACUGAUUAUAUUUUUUUUCCCUUGCAAUUCUGGGAAUAACAGGAACAGGGAUGACCAAUCUGUCCCUUUCUCCGGGAGUCCAUGUUAGAGGUGGAUAACAAAAAUGUAUAUACAAGCCUGUAGUUAGCUCUGCAUUUGUGUCUUUUAUCACUUUUUGUUUGUUUGUUUGUUUUAUUUUACCAUCUUUCUUACGAAAACAAAACCCAGGGUCUUCUCUUGGCCUGUGACAAGUAUGUGUUUCUGAAAUGAGAAAUAUCUGUACAGAAGCAGGUUUUAUUUAUCAUGUUAUCUUAUGGGGGAAAAAAAAUAAUUGCCCAACAAGCAGAAAACAUGUUUCAUGUAGUUAACUUCCCAUUUAUCCACAUUAUGUUAGUUGCCUUAUCUGGAAAGAGGUGAAAGUAAUUUGUCUUUUAUUAUGCAGUAAAACAGAAGGUGAAGCAGAGCUGGUCGGUGUGCCAGGUGCCCUGUUUGCACAGGGUGUUAAUGCCAGGAACAAGUUGUACUUUCUUUACAGGAGGUUGGGUUAAAUUGGAAGAGACUACAGAGAACUGUGGUUCUGCAGGCGCUAAGGAGCGUCGUUGCUUGUUCCCCGGGACCUUUGCCUUUAGCUGUAACUCCUGUAGGUCAGUUCCCGACGUGCAUCCCCAUGGGAAUGAGGCAUUAAACUUGUUCGGUUGGAAGCAAGUGGUCGUCUUGCAGAUCCAAAUGCCAACACGUGUCUUGUCUGCAAAUUUGUUAGAUGAAUGCUGGAUGAAUUUGUAACGUUUCUGUUGUUUGGGGUUUUUUAAGGAAUCCUUUGUGGGAGGGGAGGUGAGAGCGGGGUCGGGUUUGUUUUUGCAGGAGUCCUGUGUCCUCUCCGAUGGAUGGUGAAAGGGAAGGACAGGCGGGCAGUGCCCCUGCUACAGUUGGAGGCAGGUGGGAGUAGGAGCAAGCAGGGUCUGGCAGGGCUGAAGAUUCCUUCUCUGUGAAUUUCACAGAAUCUUAAGGAUUGGAAGGGACCUCAAAAAAUCAUCCAGUCCAACCCCCCUACCAGAGCACAGUUGGUCUGCUGGGAGCUGAUGCCCAGUGGCUGGAGCUUUGCGGCGCUACUUGAGACACUCUCCUCUCUCUAGCUGUGCUUGUGCAGUUAGAACAGUGAUGUGGUGAAUGGCAACUCAUUAAUAAAUGUAUAUUUUAAAGAAAAGAGAUAAUUUUUAAAAAAAAGUUUAGGGAAAACACAGUCUUGGGAAAGACUCAAAAAUUAUUGUGCACGUCUCCUCCUGCUUUAGGUCGCCUUUAGGGCUGGCCGGACGCCUGGAUCUGGUCAGGAGAGCAAUCCAGAGAGAGAGGGGUUUGCUCUGUUCCACCCUUGUGUUGUAAGGAUAAUUUUCUAUUUUUAUAUUGAAGCAUUAAUUACUUGUUAGCUCAGGGUCAGCCUUAUAUUCAACUUUUAUUUUCACACCAAAUUUCUGCGAAGCUAUAAAGACGGAGUAUUCUUGGCUGGUAUAAACAAUCCUGGAGGCUUAAUUUUACUAGAAGUAGCCAGUUAUUUAUUAAAACAUGAUGUUAGUAGAGUUAGGAAUAUUCUGGCUAGAUUAUUUUUCUUUAGAAAAUAAAUCAUGGAACCAUAAAAUUGAAAAAGUUAUAAAUUUAUGUGUGGGAAAAAAUGGAUUGUAAAUAGCUAAGUUGCCUUGUGAGGAAUUGGAAAAUGUGCUGAUACUUAGAAACUACCUCAGCUCUGAGGAAUUUCCUUUCUAGCUUUGAGUGCUAUUACAUUUACUUGGUAGAAGUGAAUCUGGUCUCCAAUAUGUAGCUGAAAGAGUUAUCCCUGUAGACCUUGUUAGAUUGUUUUUAAUUUAGGGGGUUGAACUACAUCCAGCUGUUUUCUUUCAGCUAAGUUCCCUAACAAAGAGAAUUUCUGAAUUAAAUAUUGCUGAUGGUUUCCAUGACUUUUCCUGAUUUGUUUGGUUUCAUGGCAUUUUCUGAUUGCCCUUUAAUUAUUUAAAUGGUUCUAGCCAUUUUAAUUUUAAUCCCGAAAUAAACAAACCUUAGAUGCACUACCAUUGUAAAUAUAUAACAGUAAGGUCUGACUGGAUAACCCUUCUGGCUUAUACCCAGCUGGCAGGCCAGCAAAGUUUAAGUGAAGAAAAAAAAGAAAUGGAAAAAGAAAACUUGUUCAGAACUCAGAGAAUGGGGGAACAAAAGCCCUUGUGUUCAGAGGGGCUGACUUCUCCAACAUCUCCUUUCCUGGCCUGAGUGUUCCUAUGUAAGAAAGUUGCCUGUAAAUUCUCUUGCUUUCAGGAGUUUCUGCUCAGAAAAAAACACCAACACAACACCAAACAUGUUUCUAGAUUGAUAUUUAUCGUUUUACAACUAAUUGCUUACUAAUUAUUAUUUCUUAAUUUGGUACAAGCCACCAAUGCAAAGACCUGUCGUGAGUUCUAAGUGUGUCCAGUUGACUCUGUUAAUAUCACAAUGAUCCCUCUGCUUUAUAAAGGACAGAUUUGUCACCUGGGGGUACAGGAAACGAGUAAACAUCAAUGUAGGAUGAUCAAAA